GAGGUUAGACGCAGGGUAUUAGAGAAUGAUGGUAAAUCAGUUGAUGAGAUGGUUGUGCCGCGUGUUACGUAUGCCUGAACACCGAUUACCACGAUGCGCGAUGCUGAAUAGUGUUGGGGAUGGUUGGAUGGUGGCUAAACCUAAACGUGACAUCAGUUCACAAAGUCACUAACUUCUAGUCUUACCCAUGUUGUUAGAUGCAACCUACUCGUUUGGGGUCCACGUGACUAUCGUAACCAAUGGUUGGAGACUCUUGGUGACAUGGCUCAGAAUCGAUCACAAUGGUGUAGGUCUAUACACUCUUUGUCUUCCCUUAAACUAUGAGAUUAAAAUCGCUUCAUACCUUUCUUUCUACGAACUAAUUCUUUCUUCCUGUACUAUAUCUUCAUAUGCAAUCUUUCUUUUAUAUAUUACACCAUUGAGUUAACUGCUUCUAUGAAUGCGGUGUUCAUCUUGUUGUGCUAAUGCGGUAUGAUAACUUGGACUUAUGCACAUAUGUGCCUAGUCGUACGUUGUAGCUGACUGACUGACUGACCAAAUUGGCAUUGAAAUAAUCAUCUUUCAAAUAGAAAAAAGUUCACCUUAUUGAUAUAUCAACAACUGUAGACAUAAUAAUGAAUUAAAUAGAUGCACAUUAUGCUCAAUUUCUCAAACUCUUAUUCAAGUUUAUUUAGUCAGUUAUUCAUAGACAACUUAGAACUUCACGUGUCAAAUAUAAAUCAUUUUGAGUUAUGAUACUUAACAUCAACAUUUACCAUAAUGUAAGGUAAAUAAAUUGAGAAAUAAUUAGAUAAAUAGGUAAUUCACAAAGUAUUGGCGUAACCAAAUAGUUAAAAAUAUGAAAUGUAGUAUUCAAUCUCGAAUUUAAACAAAAGUAAAGAAUUUAUCCAUUUCGUACUAUUCAGAUAGAUUUUUGAACGUUUCAUCUACAUUUGGCGGUAAAUUAUUUAGAUAGUACGUUACCCUCAGAAUAUUGUACGAGAAUUCGUUGAUAUAACACAGUUAUUAAGUACAGAUUCGUGUACUGGUUAGAUUUAAGCUACACUUUAUGUGUAAGCGUUUAUGUUAUUAUCCGGGAUCUACUCCAAAAUAGUUGAAUUAAGACUUGAAUCUUUAAUUUGGAGGUUAAAAUUCAAACGCCCUAACUAGUAAGUCACUACUCGACUAGAAACCAAUAGUCUACAUCUUUGAUGUAAGUGGCCAGUCAAUAUGGUAAUCAAGCCUUGAUCCUAUAAACUGGUGAAUGAUGUACAUCACAAUUGAGGUGUACUUAUAAUAAGCACAUCUUAAAAGAUGUUGAUUUUUUGUGUAUUCAUGUUUUAAAUGAUAGUCAUUCAUUCUCAAUUGUAUCAUUCAUCAGUUUAUCUAGAAAUUUACUGUUUUUACAUUUAGUCUAGUGAAAUCAUUUUUGUUAUAUUUCUUAGAUAUCCAUAAAUGAAGUGAAAAGUUACUGGUUUAAAAGUAGUAUAAAUAAUACUUUUGGAAACCUAUUCUUAACUGGAUGGCAAACAAGAUACGGUUGUGAAAAUUCAAUGGAAUAUUUAAAAGAUUUUAGUAUGAAACCUAAUCGUAUUGAUAAACUUUAUUCAUGUACAGGUAUAAAUAAUGUGCAAGAGAAUAAUUUAUUAGAAGAUGAAUUGGCUUCACUGAAAAAUGAUCUGUCAGUUGAAUCCUUCUCUCAACUUGUAUUAACUGAAAAUAAAUUUCAAAAUAUCAAUGAAGAUAUCCUUUCUGUUAAUGAUACCGAACAAACAGUUACUAAUAAUCUAUCCAGUUCAACUCGUUUAUCUUCAUCGGCAAUAUCUUUAUUAUCGUGUGAAUCUACAUUGUCAUCAUCUUCCUCAUCGUCAACAUUAUCUUCUGUUCACCAGUUACACUCAUUAUCAUCGUCAAGUUCUUCAUCUAAUAAUGAGAAUAUUAGUAGUGGCAGUAAUAAUAGUCGUAGUAGUCAUAGUAGUAGUAGUAGAAGUUGUAGUGGUAGUAGUAAUAAUAGUGAUUCCAACGAUAUUGAAGAUAGAAAUUUGUCAAAAUUAUUAUAUUCUAACUUUCAUGAACAAUGCUUUAAUUCUUUUCGGAGUGGUGAAACUCAAGGUUCUGUAAUCAUAGAAGCAUUAAACUGUAUUCCAUGGUAUCAAUGUCUGUAUCCACAUAGUGAAUUUCGUACAUUUUUAAAGUACCCUUUAUCAUAUAAAAUGUUAGUUUGUUUAUCACAGAAUCAUUCAACAGUAGAUAGUUACCGUAGUUGUCGUGAUCGUCGUGGUAGCAAUCAUCGUAAACAUUCACGUCAAUAUCGUCGACAUCCACCUGUUUCUGUUCUUCAGUCACAUUCUUAUCAGUAUGAUUACAAUUAUCAAUUAACUGGUGCAGAUAUGUUACAAGAUUUGUUAUUUUCCGAUUCGUUAAUUAUUCGCAUAUCUACAAGAUAUUCUAUGCAUACUUUACUAACAUUUACUGCAACUGAGAACAGAGAUAAUGUCUAUUAUGCAUUGGAACAAAUGUUCAAUUGGUUACCUAAUUAUGUUCCAUCGAAAAUAACACAAUCUGAUGAAUAUUUUAAUUUACUUGUUCAAAUCAUUCCAUUUAUGGAUAAUCAUGAACAAUUUUUACAAAGUGCGCAUCAAUGGCUUAGAGAUGAAAUUGUCUGGCUUCGAUUAAUGAUUACUGGUCGUCAAUUAGGAUCAUGUGAAACACCUAUUUCUUAUCCGUCUGUUGAUAUCACUCCACCGAUUUUCCACUGUGCUACAACUCCAAAAUCCACUGAUCAAUCAUCACUAAACAAAGAACGGAUAAGAUUCACUGCAUGCCUUAGACCAGAUACCAUUGUUCAUCAUUUUCAUAAUAUGUCAACUGAGGACAAAGAUUCCUUAAUUUGUGGACACUUGAGAAUUUGCAAAUCGUUAUAUCAAUGUUUUCUACAUUCUACUAAUUCAUCGUUACAAUUGUUAGCGAGCGAAGACUGUACUGAUCAACUGUUUGACCAAAUGAAACAAAUAUCAGGACAGAUAAACGACUUCCCAAUGAACAUUGUAAAUAGUGGUGAUAGAAACAAUAAUGAUAACGUUAAAUGCAUAAGUACUACAUCGGAAACUCUAAAUACUACUGAUCAACAAUAUAAUAACAAUAUAUCACAUUAUUUAAUAAAUCAAUUAUAUUUAGUUAAAGACUUAAUUGAAUUUUUAUUAUUUCCCGCUUCAAAACAAUAUAACGAAAUACGUAAGUCUACAAUAUGCUCACAAAUCAAUAAUCAGCAUCACAUAGUGAAUUAUGACUAUAACAAUAUAAACGAUAACAUUAUUAAUCAUAAUUCUUAUUCUCCAUUAUCUACAUCACAUUUAUCAUGUUCAAGAAAAUUAAUGAAUUCAACUUUUGAUUUUCUUCUAUCCAUAACUAAAUGUAAUUCAUUAAAUAGUCAAUUAUUAACAACUAUGCUGUAUGAUUUGAUUUUUUCCACAAAUGCAAGACCUAUGAAUUUCAACUGGAAUUAUAAUUUUGGAUUAAAUUCUAAUAAUUCAACAUCAUUAUUAUCAUCAAUAUUUUCUGACCAUAUUGAUAAAAAUAAUUGGACUAAUAAUGAUUAUAGCAAUUAUAAUCGUAAUGAUAAUGAUAUAAGUAUUACACAUCGUUUUGUUGGUUUGAAAAAUGGUGGAGCUACAUGUUAUAUGAAUUCUAUUAUACAACAGUUGUUUACAUUGGAUCCAAUUCGUGAUUGUGUACUUAGUGCAAAUCCAGAAUCUCUACUGUUAGAUUAUAAGUUGUUGAUAGAUAAAGAAGCUUCGAAAGUGAUAAAUACUUCAAUUGCACCUACAACUUUACCAAUCUCCAGUGAUGAUAUCGCUGACAAUAUUUGUCAACAAAGAUUAAAUGAGGAAUUGAAAAAUAACACUGCAACAACAACAACAACUCAUGAUGAUCAAACAUCAAAAGAGUCAGAAUUUCAACCUUUAAGUAAAGAAAACAUUCAUCAUCUAAAUGUGUUAUAUCAUAUGCAAACUAUUUUUGGACAUUUAGCUUAUAGUCGUGUUAAAUAUUAUGCACCAGUAGAAUUUUGGCGUCAUUUUAAAUUUCGUGCAGAAGCUGUACAUGUUGGAGAACAACAUGAUGCAUUGGAAUUCUUUCAAAUACUCGGUAAUGAUUUGGAUGAAGCUUUAGAAUUAUGUAAAUUGCCUAAAAUUGUUGAUGUUGUGUUAGGUGGUAAAUUUGCCGAUCAAAAGAUCUGUUUGGAUUGUCCACAUCGAUAUACAAGUUACGAAUCGUUUACUACACUAAAUGUUGAUAUAUUAGAUCAUAGAAAUCUAAUUGAUUCAUUGGAACAAUAUGUAAAAGGUGAAUUAUUAGAAGGAGAUAAUGCAUAUCAUUGUAGAAUGUGCAAUAAAAAAAUACCAAUAUUAAAACGUAUGUGUAUUCAAAAAUUACCAUUAGUAUUAACUAUUCAAUUGAAACGUUUCGAUUAUGAUUGGGAACGGGGUGUAUCACUUAAAUUUAAUAAUUAUUGUGAAUUUCCACGUCAUUUGGAUAUGCUACCAUAUACUGUGCAAGGUUUAAAAGACUCUACAGAUUCAUCGUCCUGUAUAACUACUGAUGUCAUCAAUAACACCAAUGAUAAUAAUAAUACUGAUGAUAAUAAUCCAUGUACGAAAUAUAAUUUGCGCGGUGUAGUUGUUCAUAGUGGUCAAGCAUCAUCUGGACAUUAUUAUUCAUUUGUUCGACAUUAUCGACCUCGAACAAAAACAUUCAAAUGGUAUAAAUAUGAUGAUCAUAAUGUUAUCCCUGUUCGGUUAGAUAAAGAUGAAGAGGCUGUCGAUCAGUGGUUUGGUGGUGAAUGGAAAGUUCCACCUCAUGAUCUGUCAAAAUUUGCUCAUUUAAGAUCUGGUAAACGUUGGUGGAGUGCAUAUUUAUUAUUCUAUGAACGUGAAGAUUUCCAUGAACAAAUUAAAAACAUAUCAAUACCUAAAUUAGGUUCAAAUCCAAAACAAUCAAGAUUAACUAAACGUGUACAAGACAUUGUAAAUUGGCAGAAUAUUGAACAUUUACAUUAUCGUAUUCAAUUUGAUCCAUUGCUUCCAGAAUUUAUCCAUAAUUUAAUUAAUAAUAAUAUACAAUUGUGUAUGACUAAUUCCAGUGCCUAUCAAAAUUUAGGAUUUAUUACUGUAGAACUAUUACUUCAUUUUAUUUUUCUACGUUAUCAUGUGGUCAUAUCAAAUUGGAAAUCUUGGCUACUUUUAUUCAUCAAAUUGAUUUCAAUUAGUGCGCCAAUAAGAUGUGAAUUAAUUAAAACAAUGUUCCUAGCAUCACCGGAUCAAAUUAGAUUUUUACAAUUCCAUUGUCCUUAUCCUGAAAUGCGAUUUUUCAGUGCCGCUCUAAUGAUUUAUAUCUGUCAUUUAUGUAUGAAUGAUCCAUCUGUACAAUGUGAAGAUAUUCUACAUUCUUUUAUUUCAUUGGUCAAUAGUUCUAACACUAUUACUAAUACUACUGAAAGCAGUGACAAUAAUAAUAGUAAUUGUUGUUCUAGUGUAUGUAAUACAAGGUCUACAUCAACCAACACUACUAAUGCGACCACUUCUCUAAAUAUUGAAGUCACUGCCAAUACCACAAAAACAACUACUGCUGCUACUACUACCGCCAGUGUCUUGUCUUAUUUAUUGAGGUCUACAUUGAAUGAAACAAAAUCACCAGUAUUUGUUGAAAAUUCAACCGUGGAUAACGCACAGAUUACUGCUCGAAUAUUUUCUGCCACAUGUUUUAUUAAUCGUUUUAUAAAUUUACCACAGAAACGUUCUUCCUGUUCUUUACAAAAUGAUUCCAAUGAUAGUGAUGGUAAUAAUAAUAUGUAUAAUCAGAUGAUUAAUCCAGGAGAAUGUUUAAUACAACUGAUAGUACAUCAGUUGCAUUUCUCUCCAAAUACAUUAGCACUAUCAUCAAAUAAAUCUUUCCAGGAACAACAACCAAAUUAUCAUCAACCCUAUUCUACAAUUCGAUCAGGAAAUCCUUCAUCAUCUUCAUUUCCUAUGAAUGCUGCGGUUACAUCGACACUUCAGUCUAUUAUGCCAGUACCAUCAACAUCAUCAUCGACUACGUUAUACCAUUCUGCUAUUAUUAAUAAUAAUCCUUCUACAUCAUUACCAUCAUCAUCAUUAUCAACUAUGUGUCCUUCCUCUGUAAUAUGGGCACAGUAUUUUGCUAUUUUGUUAGAUUAUGCAAAUUAUGGUAACCAAGAAUGUUGUUAUCUGUUAAAACUACAUGUCCCGGAAAUUUUAAUCAAUUAUAUGCUGUCCUAUGAAGUUAUGUUGAAAACUGUUGGAACUUCACCAUCAGGAACAACAACAUCAAUACCGCAUACUCUUUCAUCUUCCCUUCCCGGUUGGAACCAAGAAUCGCGUAAUUACGAUUGUAUACAAACAUCCAUCAAACAUCUAUACAACGAAUUAUCUAUGGAAAUUCAGUCACUCAGCUGUGCAAAUUUGCGGCUUUCGUCGUGUUUAGAUACUUUAGUCUAUGCACUUCUAACUAAUUCAACAGUUUCAACUACAGCAUCGAAUUCAAAUUUUGAUUUUUACAGUCAUUAUAAAUAUGACUAUAAUGAUACAGUUAUCAAUGAACAGAAUAAUUUAACCACAAUUAGUAACCAUGAUUUUAAUACUACUGUGUCUAGUCUUAUCACGUAUUGUGGUUUAAAAAUCUCACUGGAUUUAUUAUCUUAUCUAGUCAGAUCUUGUGAAAUUCCAUCUCAUUACCUCAAUUUCUCAUCACGAUUAUCUUCGUCAUCAUCUUUUUCUACGACAACCUCAUCUGCUAAUUGUUAUUCUUUAGCAAAAACCGAAGAUCAAGUCUCACAUAAAAUAAACAAAACAGAGAAAUGUUGUGAGCCGCAUGGAACUUGCCCAAUCAUUUCAGAAUCAUUAACUGAUACACAAGCUAAGUCAGUAUCUACCAAUCAGCACAAUCCUUAUUGUGUAACAUCUACUCCAUUGGUCACUCUUUCUAAUUCUUUAAUUCAAUUAUUUUUUUCAAACCAAUCAGAACGUAUUGUUAAACGUUUCACAGGGUCACUCCUUAAUCCAAUAACAUUUAAGCCUAUUUCGGAUAUUCUAUUGUUCCUCUCCUAUGAAAAUAUGAAUUUUUCAGAUCUUAUUCUCAGGGAACUAGUUUAUUCCAUUUUGCAUCCAUGUGAUUUAGACAGUAUAUUAAAAUUAUUAGAACGUCUAUUACAGGUGUCAGAUUCAUUAAAAUCUGUACGUAUACGUCUUCUGUUUAGCUAUUCCAAUGAUGUUGAUUUAUUCAAACUACUAAAUUCCAAUUUUAUUUAUGAAACAAAUACUGCUGCAUAUCAAGUAUUUUAUUUAUUCCUUAAUUUACUAUUCACGGAUCCGGAUGUUAUCACUUAUUUAUCCAACGAAAUCUAUUUGGUUAAAGUAUUAAGUCAGCUUACUGCAUCAGCUUUGGAUAGUUUAAAAUUAGACACAUCGGAUAACUGGCUUGAUGAUAAAGAAAAAACAAUAGAAGCAUUGGAACAAGCUGGACGAAUUCUAAUGAAUUUGAUCCCUUCAAUUGUAACGCUUCCAAACGAUAUGAUUGGUGUGAUUGAAAAUGAUAGUGUACAAGAUGAUGACUGUGAUCUUGAUGAUGAUAAUGCUAACAGUGAUGAGAACCAAAUCACCAUUGCCAACAAAAAUAACAACGAAACUCAAUAUGAUAAUCGUUUUUCAAGUUGGGGAAAAAGUGAAGAGAAUGAUGAUGCUGAUGUUGAGGAGGAAGAGGACGACAAUGAUGAUUAUGGUGCUGCUGAUGAUGAUGAAGGAGAAGAAAUAGAUGAGAGAAAUGACCAUUUGAUUACAUCACUAUGUCGUAUCACCUCUUCAUCUCUGUCAACAUCUGAUGAUCCUGAGCUGGAUCAUUUACCUUCAAAUCAUGAAUAUAUGAUUAGUCGUAAUACAACAAGGACUAGUACUAGUACAAUAGUUGAUGCCAGUCUAGAUAUUUUUAAUCAUACAUGUAUCACUGCCGGUCCACCGGCCACUACUACUUAUACUACUAUUACUACUGCGAGUAGUAAUAAUAAUAACAAUAGUAAUGUUAAUAACAGUAGACAAAUAUACGGACAAUUAUUAUCAUGUAGUACAUUGCCUGGGGAAAUAGUAUCUCAAAAACAACAUGAAGAAAGUCACUUUAACAGUUCUAACGAUAACAAUCAUAAAUUGAAUGAUGACAAAGAGUAAUAAUGAAUAAUAUGAACAAAAAACCAAAUCAGUUACCCAUUGUUUUUUCAUCUUGCUAGAUCUUUCUCUUUAUUGAUUAAUUCGUCAACUGUUAAGAUGGAUCACUAACAUUACCUUUUCUUUUCGUACUGUUUGCAUUUGGUUACUUGUUGUCAACAUGAUUACCAAUAGUUAAUUGAUUAUCAAUAAAAUGCCAAGUAAUAUCUAUAUGUACACUAUAUAUAUUUUACCAACUAAUAUACUAACUAAUGAUAAAUACCUCUGACCAUAAUAUUACAAAGAAAAUUGAGUAAUUUUAUGCUAACGUUUGGUCUCUCCUAAGCUCUUUCAUUGUAUCAUCAAAUGAAUUCAUAUAAAGAUAUUUAUAUUUCUAGAAUGUACAUAUUCACUCUUGUAUGUAUUUGCUUAGUAAGUUCAUAUUGUUCAAUAUACUACAUAAGAUCAUUCAUUAACAAUAUCGCUUUUGUUGUUUUGGUUUGUUUUUUCUUUUGCAUUAUUACUCAUAUUACGCCCUUUCAGAUAUUACAUCAUAAUAAGUCUCUAUGAUUAUUAUUAUUAUUAUCUUACCUUAUUCUUCAAGCUGUUUUGUUUCUAUUAAUUUAUAUAGGGUUGAAUAACGAUUGAAUCGAUGAGAUUUACUCAUUGUCUAUUCAAUUCUUUUAUUUCCCUCUUUUUUUUAAUUUUGUGUUACAGUUUGUAAUCAUAUUUCUUUAACAUUUUGAUCACUUCUCAAGUUAUCAUUGUUACUCUCUCUCUUUCUCUCUUCCUCUCUCCCCAUUAAGUUUCACCAUUAUAUAACAAUUAAAUAUCAGCUAAUUUAUUGCUUAUUGUAUUUUAACAAGCUGAUUUGUUUAAAUAACCCGGUUACAAAUAAUUAGUUUUUAAAAAAAAUUAAAUAUUUAUUUAUUUUUUUACAAACAAUUUCAAUGAUAAAUAUAUAUAUGCUUCAAAGAAAACUUUUAUUGUUUGGUUAUCAUUUAUUGUUGAUUAUCGUAUAUUACAAUAAUAUGCAUAGAAAUAUAGAUUUACCGGGUCUAUUCAUUUAUGCUUUAUGUAGUGAAAGUAAUGGUUUGUUUGUUUGUUUUUAUCUUUUGGUUUCCAUCUUAGUUACUUCGCCUUUCCAUCUUUUGUUCACUUUCAUUUCUGUCUGUCUAUCUGCCUAUCUAUCUACCGAUUUAGGUAUUAUUAUAUCAGUGUGUAAAUGAUAGUUGUCAAGAUAAACGAUUGAUACAAAUCGUCUACAUUUUAUUACAAUCAAAUAUAUUCAUUACAAUUUAUUAUCUCUUUUCUUUCUUUCUUUUUUCUUUCUUUUUUUCUGCAAUUCUAAAGAUGGAAUGAAAGAAUGUUUUCUAUUUGUAUUAAAGAAUUAAUUUCAUAUAAACACUAUGCUGAAUGUACUCUUUGUUUGUUUUUCUGGUCUUAUAUAUUAUUAUACAUAUAUAUACACACUCACACACACACAUGCAAGUUUGUUUGUUUUUCUCCAUUUGAAUUACAAAUAAACUAUGUGAUAUGCAUAUAUAUGUAUUUUGUUUUCUCCUAUUUAUUCAUAGGUAUCUAUGCGCACAUAGGUUUGUUUCUUUUUUUGUGUGUGUGUUUACAGUUUGUUUGAUGAAAUGGUUUUCAUUCUCCCUUUUUUUCUACUUAAUGCUUAACAUUCUUGUUGUUUGUUAUUCAAUUAUAUUAUCAGAAAUAAAUGAUUUUAUCUUUGUAUUGUCUAUGUGCCGUUUCUUGUAUUGUUUAAUCUAUAUUAGUAAAUAUAGACUGUUUGAGUAAGACCCGAAAUU